CACUUGCACCGAGCCAAAAUUCAUAGCUAAUUCUCCUCGGUCGGCAUUCAUGGGGCAUAAAAUGAGGGGUCCUUGCCUGAAACGUCAGCCUUUUGUACAGGUUUCUUUGGCAGUUUUUAUUUUGUUUUGGGACCAUCAUUAAAACCCUAAUCUUUUUGCAUAUACAGCGUACAACUUUGGUGUUGUCGUUUAACAAGGCAGUGAUGUUUUAACGCCUGUAAGAAAGGGAAGUUUAGGUCACCAGUCCACGUUUGUGUAUUGAAGCACAUGGUAUACCCACAAAGCCUGCUCACGCAUUAGCCCACGACACAGCAGGCCGCUGAGCAAAACAGAACACACCAAACCAGUUUACUCGCUGAGCUGGUUCAGUAGAAAACACACAGAGGGUGAGAGAGGAGAGAGGAGGGGGGUUACCUCAUUAAACCGCAACACUUUAUUCAAAGAUAACGUCGACCCAAGCUGAAAACAAACACAGAAACGCCACUGCCACGCGCAGCUGCUAUCGCCGCCGCCCGCACAAGGAAGCGUGAACCUCGGGCUGCCAUGAUCGGGAACGGACAGUGCUUGGAGGUUUCCCUGUGGUUCUACGAUCGCGGAGACGAUGGCCAAGUCGACGUGGAUGAAGGAGACAAUCGGGAGAAGGAGAAUGACAAAGACGUGGAGGAGAGAAGCCCGGGCCAGGCCAGAGCGCGGCUCAAUGCCGCCGCCCGCGCCAUCUCGCACGGCACCCGGGGCACGCCGCCUCCGCCACCUUUCAUCGCCGUUCUCGCGUCUUCAUCCUCUUCGUCGUCGUCUUCAUCCUCUUCGUCGUCUUGUGGCCGUCUCGGUCGGCACCUUCGCCUCGUCGUCGCCCCUCCUCGCAGCGCAAGGCCGCGCGUCUUGGCGGCGGCCGCGGCGGUCGUCGACUUUCUGUGGGAGUGUGAAGCCGGGGAAGCUGGGGAAGGUGGUGGUAGUAACGAGGGUGAAGGUGUGCGUCUGGUCAGCACCGAUGAAGAUGGCGCUGUCACGCUGCAUGAGCUCCAGCGAGAUGACGACGGUGGCGACUGGGUCAUGGCAAGGCCCCGCACGUGCCAGGCCUCCCAGCUGAUGGCAUACCUUGGACUGCACGACAGAGAAGAUGCUGGCGAACAACUCCGCUCGAGGCUGCUGAGCUUCGUGGAUGGCGUGGCGACCGUUCUGCUGCGUGGUCGUCUCGUCGUUCGAUUGCUCUGGCUGCCCUACGGUUGCCAUGCCGACGGUUGCUGGGCAGACGUGCAGCUUCAGUGCGCGCUGCUUCCUGCCGCCACGGCCCGGGACGAGCCGGUGGACGUUCGGCUCUGCCUGCAGAAACUGCUCGCGCUGCACGCCGACGGCCAAAUCUAUAUCUAUAGCACAAUCACUGGAGUGUGUGUGGGGGCAAUUGAUCUUUCACUGAUCCUGCCAUCACCCCCGUCGGGCCUUGGCAGUGGCACACCGUUUGGCUUUUUGAGGCCAUCGGAUGACCUUGGGGUGAUUGUGGCGGUGGACUCCUCUCUCCGUGCCGUAUGCGUCUCCCCUGUCGACUAUUUCAGGAGGUUUCCAGAUCACAUGUUUCAGGGAAGUUGGCUUGAGGAUCCACACACUUCCAGCCAAGAAGAAAUUGACGAAUUGGAUGAGCAUUUGGAUGAGGAUGAUGUGGAGAGAGCCUUUCAUGCCCAGCUCCCGUUCAACCCGGACAGGUCGUGGGAAGCGCAGCUGGAAAGGCUCCACGCGAGCAUCGAUAAGGCUUAUGGUUGCCCUCAGCAGGCCGCGGCAAAGCAGAAGAAUAAACCUGACCACGCUACCACGCUGAGAGCAUUUCAGCCUGGCGCUGAUGACGGCGUCAAAGACCCCGCACGAGAAAAAACGACAGAGUUCAACUCUGCAGAGGCUUCAUCGUGCGACGGAGGCAACUUUGAGCAGAAUCCUGGCCUGUGUUUUGUCCGUCUUGUCGAGCCUGUCGAGCAAGUUGAGAGCGUCACAAUUUUUUCCAUCUGCAACACCUCAGUCCUGUUUGCCAUUGGCCAUCCAAAUGGCGAGACGAAUGGGGUAACUGUGGUCCUGUGGCAGCUUUCGAGUGGGAUCCUGAUGACCCACAGGAUGGAAGGACCUUGCAUACCUGUAGAAAUGGAACAAGUUGAGCAUCCGUGUUUGCUCAUGAAAGAAACUGGCUUGAGCAUGGUUCUUUUUGGAAUUGGUCAGGAUGAACUGUUGAAGCGCCUCAUGAUUCAUUCCGGCGUUGGUGUGGUGGAUGCCGUCUGCGACCGCAACAACUGGACCCGCUGCUCCAUUCCCAUCCAUGCCCUGGAGGCCGCUCUAAAGAACAGGCAGCUUGACACAGUGGAUUUUUUUCUCAAGAGCCAAGAAAACUUGUUUGAUGUGAGGGAGGGUCAAACAACAUUGACGCAACUGAAAGGCCUCCAGGAUCUGGUCCCUGCACUCGAGGUGCUGCGUCACGCCGUUGCGGGGAGCAGCGCGGAUGCGUCGUCCCAGCCAUUUGCCGAGCAGCUCUUGCACCGCGCGCUCGGUUUCCUUCACACCCAACUGCGCCGGCUGUACGACCCCACUCCCAGCCUCGACCAGCACCAGGAGAAGUGUGCACAGCUCCUGAUGGGAUUCCUUAUUGAGCUGCGGCAGUACAUGCGGCGCUACCCGUGGCGGCAGGACGAGGACGAGGAGGAGGAGGAACACGGAGGUGGUGGUGGCGGCCACGCGGGUAGCGGAGAGUCGAACGAGGAAAUCUUGGACCUGCCCGGCACUGAACACUGGGAUGAGCUCCCCACUGAUGAAGUGAUCCGGGAUGCUGUGCUCACAAACCAGAUCCCUGUGGCUCAGGCGUGGCUACGCAUGAGGGGCCACGGGGCCUGGAGGCUCGGCCCCUUCACGAACAGGGGGCUCCACCUGGCCCACUGCGCCCUGCAGGGUGGUGACCUCGGCAUGGCCACGAAGCUCAUCUUCAACAUGGGAUUCGAUACAACUGAGCAGUUGUGCAACAUUUGUUGUUACACACUGGAGAGAAACCUGCGGGACUUCCUGGUUGAGAAGUUGAUUGAGGCAGAUUCGCUGACCCAGAGCGAAAUAACGACCGCCGAAUUUGUACGUCGUGUGGAGUCGCUCUACGCUCCCCGCACGGAGGAUGAUGACAUUGGCAAGGGGACGGCGAGGAGCUCAACAAAUAUCUGGGGUCUCGCAGUGGCUGAGGGCAGCAGAGAUGCCCUGCUCAAGAGAGUCACAACCUCUGGUCAGGCGACUACGGGCGAGGUCAGCAUUAUGCUGGACUGGGCAUAUCGAUGGGAUGAUGUUACUCGGCAAAGGAUCCUUCUGGACCGGCAUGCGGGCACAGAUAAAGCUGUGGACAAAGACUCGACCGCCUACUCCCCCGAGGUGCUUUGGUCCUUCCUGACUUCGCGCAAUGAUGGUCCACGGCUGGGCCGCUGGGCUGCGGCUUCGGCCGGAGGCGUGGUGCAGGAGGCCGCCUGGCCCGACCUCCCUGUCGACAUGUCCUACGGCUGCUCAUUGUGUAGCCUGCACCUCCGCGAUGCUGUGCUGGAUGAGAUGGCAAGGCGGGGAUGCUUUGUUCCAGCAGAAGUGUCUGAUCUGGAGAGGUUGAUCGUCCGGUUGAGUAGAACAGGUGGUCUUAUGCAGCCUAUUCAUCCGCUCACUCUCCGCAAGGCAAUGGCUGACAGGGCGCUCGUGGAAGGCUCGCACAAUGGAGCGGACCCCCUCGCAUACUACGCGCCUCGACUUAUCGAACCGUCGGACGUGGAGCUUUUCCACGAUGGUUUCAUCCGCUACUGUGUGGAGAGCGAGCUGCGGCACCUCCUCUAUGCCUACCUGCACUACUACAGGCUGGAGCAAUCAUUGGGUCCACCUGUCCUCUCUGACGAAGCUCUGAGGGCCGCCCAUCCUUGGUUUGACCUUCUCCUCCACAUUUGUGAAAUCCAGCAUUUAUCGCACGGCGACCAGCAACCGGCAGAUACGCGGGCCCUGUACCUCGCCAGCUUGGCCAACGCUCAGAUGGUCCUGCCCAGCAGCCAGGCUGGUGUGAGCAGCAUGCUGACAGAAGGUCGUACACUGCUGGCGCCCGCCACCUUGCUCUACUCACCUGGUGGUCUGGACGGAGGUGUCUCCCAGGUGGAUGGGCAGCUGCUGAGGCUCGCUUUGUCGCGAUUCCCCAAGCUGAGAGCCGCCCUCUUCCCACAGCAGAGCACGCACGGCCUGCCUUUUCCCGACGUCUCGCUCUACCACUUGCUCCAGGCCCUGACUCCCUUUGAUCCGUCGCGCCUCUACGGAUGGCAAGAAGCAAAUUCUUUGGCAGCUGCAGACGCCGCGUCGGAGUUACCGCACUUCUCGCUGCCGUCGCUGGUGAGCCGGCACAGCACGCGGGAGACACUGGGCUUCAUGUACUUCUUGUUGCACGGCCGCCCCGCCUAUGCCUUCGCCUCCUUCCUGGCCUGGCGCCUCGAGCGUGGCUCGCUGUCUUCCCGCAGUUUGGUGCGGGCGAGCGAGGAGGCCUACACGCUGGCGCUCGUUCACUUCGACUCGCCCGCCGUCCCGGCCGCGUGCGUCGCCUUCCUCGAGCUGCUGGCCGUCCCGACGGCGCUCGUGCGCGUGGACGUGCACGCCGCGCGCCUCGUCAGCGCCCACCUCCUUGGCCCUUCCGAGCACGCCGUCCCCACCGCCGACUCCGGUUCCGUGCUGGGCUCCGACUCCGGUUCGGUGUCGAGCGUCGGCCGGGGCUCCACCUCCGGUGUUUCGUCUGUCUCCGGCGCCGCCAGGGACCUGGAAGCCCGGGAGUUGCUCCGCGGCAGCUUGGUGGGAAGGCUGGUGGAGCUGGUGCAUAGCGUGGAGCCGGCGGUCUCGUUCCUUCUCGGCGAACUGGAGAGCGCCGUCGCUCUCAGGGUGGAGGAGGCUGGGCUGGACAGCACAUCGCUCAAGGCGGGCAGGGAGUGGGACCUGGUCGUGCACUUCUGUCGGGGGCACAGCGUGGCCUUGACGGAGGUCUACCCUCGUGCCUGCGCCGCCGCCGAGCAGUGGCUGCCUUUCCUCGCCUUCGUCCACCACCACGCCUACCCCGUCGAGCAGGUCAAGACCCUGAUCAACGGUUUCGGCCCUGCUCUCAGAAGCCACCUGCUGCUGGCUUUCUCCAGCCUCCGGGGAUGGAGAAAGGUGGCUGAGUCGCCCGACUUGUUCGGGGUCCUGAUCGAGAGCUUGGCCUCUCCGCGGCCGUGCGCGUACCUGCUGAGUCAGGCCGUGAGCCAAAGAGCACCUGUGCUCGGUGUGUUGGCUGCUGGCCUCCAGGAUGCGCAGCCCGUGCGCUGCCUGUGCGCGUGGAUCGCCGCGUCCGCAGCUGACCCCGGUGCCCGCUCAGCGUGGGCCCAAGCCUGGGAUGCGGCGGAAGGGCAGCCCGAGGAAGGACCGGGGCAGGAGAUGGCCGCGGUGUGGGGACCCUGUGCGCUUUCGGGCCUUGUGCAGGACUGCCUGGGGCGACGGCUGACUCACGUCCUCAUUAGCGGUUUCCAGCUCUUUCUGCCGAAGUGUCCCUUCCAGCAUUUGCUGCAUAUGUUUGAGCUCUGCAUGGAGCAGAAGGACUACAGCGGCGCCAAACUGAAGCUCCAGGAAUUCAUAUGGGACCUGGAUGAUCUGAAGGUGUUGUGCCCGCACGGGGACAACGAGGGGGUCUCCGUGGAGUGGCUGGAGACCCAGGCCUCCAUGCUCCUGCUGCUGCUCAUUGAGCGCAGCGACACACCCUAUCAACUUCACCGCCUCUUUCGCCUGCUGUCCAAGUCGCAGCGCAUCCUGAAGUCCACUGUGCACGACUUCACGGCGCUGAGCGCGCUGCUGGAGAUCCUGCGCGGCUCGGGGGUUUGCGUUGCGCCAUCGGUGCUGGCGGAGUUCAGCGCCGAGGCCCUGAGAGCCGACUGCGUGCGCAUCACCGCGAGCCUGCAGGACAGGGGGCUCUUCACGCAGGCCAAGGAGGUGGCCGCCCUCGUGAGCCUUCCCGUCGGCGACAUGGUCGUUAACGAGCUCAUUCAUUCCAUCGGCACCAUGAAGGACAAAAGCCAGUGGCAGGAGCCGAAGGCGAGGGUCUACUUUUGGAAGCGCUGCCACAGCACCUUCGAGGACGUAACAAUGUCCCCCCGAAAGGCCGCAGAGUUUUUCAAAGCGCAGGCAUCGGAGCUUUCCAAGUGGCAUGCAGAGUCGGGCAGCAAAACGCCGGGCGCCCACAGCAGAACUGGGACCGCUACGGAGCUUGUCUACGAGGAGCUCUGCUUGCUCACACUGUCCGGCCACUGGCUCGGCAGCGACAAGACGGCGCGUGCCAAGGAGUUGGAAGCAACGGAGAAAAGGUGUUGGUUUCACAAAAUCCGGCUGCUUCUGUCCACGGGCAGAAGCCUUCGUCCAACAUUAAGCAGGCACAGAAUCGAGCAUAACCUGGAGGCAGACGUACUGGGCUUGAGCCAAACCAUCGCGAAGUUCUGUUUCUCAGACCACCCUCUCCUCAAUGAGCCACUCCAGCUAUCCCUCAAGAGGCUGCCCUCCUUGUCGGAGAGCAUCGUGCGAUCGCAGGAUGAGCCGGUGAACUUGGAGAAAGACCCCACCGUGCUGGACGUGCGCGAGACCCAAGCCCUGCGGACGUUGGUGAACCAGUCGUUGGACGCGAAUAAGAUUUCGGAGGCCGUCCGCGUGUGCCGCUACUUUGGCUUCAGCUGCUUCGAUGUACGAUUGGCCAUGGGCUGCCUUGCGCUGGCCCGGGGGGAGGAGAGUGUCGAAAGCCUGCCCACGGACAUCCUGAGCAUCCUCACAAGCGACGUUGACACUCCCACUGCUCGGCAUCGGAGCUUGAGCGUGUCGAGUACCAGCUCGUUUGUGUUGGCCCCCCCGGAGGAAGAGAACGAGGUGGCGAGGGCGAUCUCUGCGCUGGCGGGCGCGUGCACCUUCGGCGGGCAGUUCUGCCGCCAGGUGCUCAACGCGCACGAGCUGGCAAAGGACCUGGGCCGGGACUUUGCGUCCGUGCUGAGCGGAGACGGAGAGGCUCUGAUCCACGAUGUCCUGAGCUCGGAGCGCCCGGACCGAGUGGCGCGCGCGCGUAUGCUGGCCGACACCCGGCGCGUUCCGGCAGAAACCAUCGCCACUCUCCUCGCUGGCCUCAUCGAGCGAUCCUUCCUGCCCUUGGACAGUCCUGGGAAAGAAUCAACGACGCGCCCAGUCUACCGGUCGGAGGAGGGCAAGCAAGGCUUCCUGCAGUUGCUCAAGCUGUGCGCUGACCCGCCGACACUCGGAAUGAAACUCAUGGCUGCCUCUGCCAAGCUCGGGGGCGGCAACAUGUCAGCUUGUGUGGAGCUCUUGCUGCUGGCCCACGAGUGCUUCACCAUCGCGUGCCACAUGGAGGGCAUCGUGGAGGUCCUUCGGGUGGCCAAGCAUCUCACCCAUCACUGCCUGGUGCCUGCUGAGGAGUACAACCUCAUGGUGCGGCUGCUGGUGGAGAUAGGACGCUACACGGAGAUGACCUACAUCCUCGACAUCCUCAACCAAAAUCACCAGUUUGAGCUGCUGCUCCGAAAGAAAGGCACCUCCGACGGACGACUGAAAGCCGCGCUGCUCAAGUACAUCCGCCAGCAACACCCGGGGGACAGCGAGAAGUACAACAUGGUGGCGCUGUGCUUCAGCAUGAGCCGAGAGAUCGCGGAGAACCUGGAGGGGGCGGCGCGCACUCGCCUCAAGCUCAUCGCCGCCCAGCCUUGGGAGGUGACACCAGAGCUGAAAUCAACGCUGGAGCAAGUACUGACGUUUCUUAAGGAUGCAGCAGAGAGCUACAAGAAGGAGUCGUGCAUGCGGCAGGCCUUGUCGUGCGUGCGUCUGGCCAAGCUGGUGCGCCUGCAGCUGCACAUGCUGGCGUCGGGCCAGAAGGUGCAACUCGUCAACCUGCAGGGAGACGAUCUGGCUCGCGUCGCCUGCUCGCUGCCCAAGUACUACCAGGUGGCGACGGUGGCGGACGCGUACGGCUACAAACCUCACUGGGCUGAGGUGCUUCACCACCAGGUGGUCCAGCAGGGAAACUUUAGCUUCUUCGAUGACUUCAAGAGCCGGGGCCACCUAGAGUCCCCUAUAAUCCAGGACGUUGUCAACAUCUACAGGAAGGUGGAGGAGCCGUCGGCGGCGCAUCGCGACAACAUGAAGAAGCUGCUGCGCCACAGCUGGAACGUGUGCCUGUGCCUCACAUACAGCAUGGCCUUCCAGUGCGACUUCCGGGAUCUGGCCGGCGAAAUGCUUGCCCACCCGGGCGCCAAGUACUACCUCAACGACACGCUUGCCAGCUAUCAGGCCGGACGUUUAAAGUGGAGCUGAGCUUUUUCACAUCCUCCAUUUCCACUGCAUGGAGCACAAGGCCGGGGGGGGGGGAAAUGGUUACCAAUCAGGCACUUAUGGUACAAGUGCUGGAGGAAGCUUUUCAAGCGAAAGGCGCCUUAAGAGCGAUGAAAGUGUACAUGAUUGUUCACGUUUGUGUUCGGAGUACUCAAAAAAAACAUUUCAUGGAGAUUCUUGAGUUGGUCAAAACACUGGGAAUGAUUUUCAAAAAUGGGGAAAAUGCAGUGUGGCUUAAAAUCCAGUGCAAUUUCUUCUGAGGCUUUUUCAGUGCAAAACUCUCAAAAAAUGUUCACCAUUAAGUUGAAUGCCUUUUUUCCCCCACAUCUAGAUUUAAAUUAAAGAUUGUUUCACUUUAAGAUGUUAAAAUGCACAAGGUGUCCUGUACAAAACUAUAACGAUUAUACACAAUGUGUAGAAUAAAGGCUGAACAAUGUUUAUCAUUUCAAAUGUCCUGCGACAAGUGCACGGCUCCGUGCCAAUAUACAAAGUCAUAUCAUUGCUGAGCUUAAAGUAACAAAAAAGAUUAAAAGAACAAAUUGUUCACAAAUGCAAGCUGUACCAAUUUCUAAUUCAUACCCUUGUCUUAAGUCAACAAAUGAGCUCAAAUGUCACUGCCUGUCAGCUGCUGUGCAGCACAAGCAGGUUACGUUUCAUGGAACAAUCAAGAAUCGCAGGCAUAAGGUGGUACUCGGGAACUAAAAGAACUAGACAUGGCCAUGUAAAAUUAUGCAAUGCCACAACAUGCAAAGAAUAUACAUUUGUUGUAAAAGGUCAAUAAACCUGAGCAUAAGAAAAUAAUCUUGUGCCGGUUAAUUUUGCAUCUUAUUAACUGACCCCAGAAGCAAA